AUGCCGUCCGUCGCCCCCGCCGAGGCUCACGACGGCGACAUCAGCCACAACAACAACAACAACAGCAGCAGCCGCAACAACAAAAAGUUCCGGGGACGACGCCACCACCGGGGCUGCUCGCAGCUGACGUCGUCCCUGCCGCUGCUGCUCCUGUUCGCCGUCGGGUGCCUGUGCAACCCGGACGCCAAGCGCCUAUACGACGAUCUGCUCAGCAACUACAACCGGCUCAUCCGGCCGGUCAGCAACAACACCGACACCGUUCUGGUCAAGCUGGGCCUCAGGCUGUCGCAGCUCAUCGAGUUGAAUCUCAAGGAUCAGAUUUUAACGACGAACGUAUGGCUGGAGCACGAAUGGGCAGACCACAAAUUCAUUUGGGAACCACUGGAGUACGGAGGCGUUAAAGAGCUGUAUGUGCCGUCCGAGCAUAUCUGGCUGCCGGAUAUCGUCCUUUACAACAACGCCGACGGAGAGUACGUGAUCACCACCAUGACAAAGGCUGUGCUUCAUCACUCCGGCAAAGUGAUGUGGACACCACCAGCCAUAUUCAAAUCGUCGUGCGAAAUCGACGUUCGCUAUUUCCCGUUCGAUCAGCAAACAUGUUUUAUGAAAUUCGGCUCGUGGACGUACGACGGAAACCAGAUAAACCUCAAGCAUAUCGGCCAAUUGGUGGGAUCCAACAAAGUGGACGUGGGCAUCGACCUGUCAGCGUACUACCCGAGCGUGGAAUGGGACAUUCUUGGCGUGCCGGCGGAGAGACACGAGAAGUACUACUCGUGUUGCGUUGAACCUUACUUCGACAUAUUCUUUAACAUAACCCUGCGACGGAGGACGCUGUUUUACACCGUUAACCUAAUCGUGCCCUGCGUGGGCAUAUCUUACCUGUCGGUGUUGGUGUUCUACCUGCCCGCCGACUCCAAGGAGAAAAUUUCACUGUGCAUCACGAUCCUCCUGUCCCAGACCAUGUUCUUCUUGCUCAUCUCCGAAAUCAUACCGUCGACGUCACUGUCGUUGCCGCUGCUCGGCAAGUACCUGUUGUUCACCAUGUUGCUGGUAGCCCUGUGCGUGGUCGUCACCAUCAUCAUCAUAAACAUACAUUACAGGCAACCGAGCACGCACAAGAUACCGUCGUGGAUGCGGACGGUGUUCAUCAGAGCACUGCCAAAAUUGUUGCUCAUGAGGGUGCCCGAACAGCUGUUGGCCGAUUCAGCGAUGAAACAGAAGCAGAUGAAGACGUGCAAAAAAUUAAACCUUAACUUGGCCAGGUUGAACGCGGCCAGUGUGGGUGCCACGCUGAACGUUCCUCCGGCGCCGGUCGCUUCGCCGCCCGCCGGCCACGGAUCACCCACCGACUCGCUGCGCCGUUACGUGGCGGCCGCCGGCCGGACCGGUUGCAACGGAACGGCGGCCGCGGCCGGAGCGGCCAGCCGGCUGGUGAACGCGGCCGUGGCGUCCAUCGACGACACGCUCAACGAAGUGCCGGCCGCCAUCAGGAAGAAGUAUCCGUUCGAGCUGGAGAAGGCCAUACACAACGUUAAGUUCAUUCAGCACCACUUGCAGCGCCAGGACGAAUACAACACGGAAGAUCAAGACUGGGGCUUCGUGGCUAUGGUGCUCGACAGACUAUUCUUGUGGAUAUUCACGGUCGCGUCCAUUAUGGGCACAAUUCUCAUCCUGUGCGAAGCGCCAGCGCUCUACGAUGACACGAAGCCAAUCGACCGGGACCUGUCGUUCAUCGCUAGAAAGCAAUUUUCCCCGACGUCCGAUUUGGAAUAGUCCGUCGUAUGACAUUAGGUUAUAAUUUUCACGUACAAGCGAAAAAAUGAUCAAAGCGUGAAAUACAGUUGCAGUGAUGGACCUCGACGUUAAACGGUUGAUAGUAAUAUUAUUUUAACGAGUCGUCAAUAUCGUUACAACAUUAUUGCUAAAAUGUCUCAGAAGUUUUAGGUUAUGGAUUUUUUACCGUUAAGUAUUAUUAUAUUUUGCACCAAUUUAAGUUGUCGGAAUAUUAUGUUAUAAUGAAUGGUGUUUUAAAAUAAAUAAAUCAUUAAACGCUUUUUAAUAGCAUAGUACUUAUAGGUACUAAAAAUUCACAACAUUACAUUUAGAUUAAAAAAAAAAAACAAUUCGUUCAUUUUUUUUUUUAAAUUCAAUCUCACAUUUUCGUAUUGGUUUUGUUAUCUAUUUUUUAAAACGUUUGUAGUAAUAUUAUUAUAUAGUAGACAAUAACUUGUUUGUUUAAGCUAAUAAUAUAAUAUUAUAAUAAUAUACUGACAGGUUUUUAAAAAUAUUUCCAUGUAAUUGUUGUACAUAAAAUAAAAUACAAUCGUCGUAAGUAUUAAUAAUAAUGUACACGUUGUACGCAACAAGAAAUUGUUAUUUCCAGGUACCUAACCAUAUUAUGCAAAACACAAAGAAAUACUUUUUAUGAACUAUAUGAUAUAGGUAGGUAGGUAUUAUAGUUGUAAUAUUUAUGUGAACUAUUCGCAAACAAUUAUUUAUGAUUUCAACAGGUUGUAUAAGUACGUAUAUUAACGUUUCAUUUUUUUAUAAUAACAAAGCUUAAACGAUGCGCUUGAAAUUAAAAAUGAAUAACACUUGCAAAAAAAAAUGAUAUUAUAAUAAUAUUAUCACUACGUAUACGUUUCAUGGUGUGAAGUAAUAUUUAUAAAUUGCGCGCAAAACGUAGGUAUAACAAUAAAAUUCAUCGAUUUAACUAUAACCGCUUCAAUAUUUGCUGAAAUUUGGCACUCGUGCCGAAUAAAUAUUUAGUACAAAAUUAAAUUUUGAUAUAUGUAUUAACACGACUUUCUUUGUCCAUUUAAUUUUUUAUUCUAUUAAGUCCAAAAUAUUACGUCUUAUAUUAUCUGUCUUAAUUUUUUUUAAAAUUAUUAUCAGAAUCACAGACAUCUCGUAAUAAUUAUAAUAUGUAAGUAAUAUUUAUGAACCAGAAUACCCGAUCAUGUCGUAUUAACGUCACAAACAUGCGAAACUCGAAUGAUUUGUAUUUUAAUUUAUCUUUUUUAAUUAAAGAUAUUAUUAUUAUUAUACUAAUUUUUAUAAUUAAAUUUUUUUUUCCCACACACACUCGCGUUUAAAGAUGAGUCCAAGUGGAUAAGCUCUCUUGGAGACAUCAAUAAAAAAUAUCUAUUUAAAAUAAAACAUAGUUUACGUAAUUACCAGCUAGCUUAUUAUUACUAGCUAUAAGUUUAACGCGAAAUCGUUUUCUCGGGAUGUUUAAAAAAUGUAGACACCACCGUUAUAGAUAGUGGCUCCUUUCUUGCCGCCAUCUUUCCCUAUCCUUUGCAACUUCUCACCAUCGUAUAUUAUUUUGGUUCCACGGCUUUAAUUUUUUUUUUCGAUGCGAUCCUCCGAUCGUAAACGCGAUAUGCCUAUAACAGUGUUUUCCCAAUCGGAUCAUCUUUUAAACCACCUUACUAAAUGAGCUCCGCUCCUUCCUCCAGCCCACAUAAAACUUUUUCUCAUAAUUUCUGCAAUGAUAAGGUACCUAGUGGUCAUAUAUAAACGUUUAUUUAAAAUUUUUCAACAAUAAGGUAGCAGCGAUUUUUUUUUGGAGAUUAAAACCAAAGUCUAAUAUGCCAAAUGUAAGUUUUAAUUUCGACACAAUUUGUUUGUAAUAAAACAAAGGAUAACAACGUUGCACGCUACUCUGUGUUUUUCUCAUGCAAGGAAAAUCUAUGAAUCAUAAGUAUGCUUUUGAGGGGGAGGGAACAAUAAUAAACGUUAUACGUGUUACGAAAAUCGGCCCCGUGAAAAUCUGUCAGAAAAAAAGUCGUAGCCAGCCCAAAAACAUAUUUAUGUUAAAAUAGCUAAAAUGCGUAUUUUAUAUGCUAAUUUUGUCACAAUUAUCUACUUAAAAAUAAAAACGUUAUAAUCGUGGUAAGGCGAAAGGUCAUGAUGAAUAAUUUGCAUUAUCAAUAAAUUAUCGUUAAUAAUUAAACCGUAUACGAUAAUAUUAUAAUACUGACUUAUCCUACCAGGAUAAAUAGACAAAAACAAUAUACCUAAUAUCUACAUGUUAACCGUGUGCGCUCAUUCGAUCGAUUUGCAUAGUAUUAUUAUUGCGAAUAAGCUUCGGGCCGUCCGUUAUCAAUUUAAAUCUGUUUUAAGAAAAUAACUUCGUCGUCGCCGUUUUACGAUUUUUUAACGAGUGCCCGCUAUUAUACGCGAUUAUUCUAUGCUGACCUUCUAACUAGUUUCUUCCCACGAAGCAGUACCGAUUUUUUCAGACACAAUAUUAUUAUAUAAUAACGACGACCACGAUCGCUAGAUAUACAGUUAUGUUAUGUCUUAACGGGUUUUUCUUUUUUUUUUUACAACAGAACUCGUGUAAGUAGUG